CUGAUAAGCACUGUCGUUAAGAGCUUGUACUGUCCCUGCAGGCGUUCACUAAAUUUCGUAGUGAUUCAUACUCAUACUAAAAUCUUGUGCUGUCGACGCAAUAUUAGUCCUUGCAGAAAAGAAACUAUCAUUGUAUUAGAAAGAGUACUGACUUUCUAGAUCAUGGAAAGAACUCCCAAUAAACUCGACGCGUUUGAUUUAUUAAAAACUGAUAGCGGUUUGUUGCAAAGCAAAGAGCUUUAUCAGUAUAUAUUGAAGACGAGUGUGUACCCGAACGAGGCUGAAGUUCUUAAGGAAUUAAGAGAGAUCACUGCUAGCCUUCCAGGGCAUUUGAUGCUUUCUGGAGCAGAUGAAGGUCCCUUAAUGUCUUUACUUUUAAAGCUUAGCAAUGCAAAGAAGACGAUUGAGAUUGGAGUGUACACUGGAUACUCACUUCUUGUCACCGCUCUUGCUCUUCCUGCCGACGGCAAGAUCAUAGCCAUUGAUAGGGAUCGCAGUUCGUUUGAGUUAGGACUACCACUCUUUAAAAAGGCUGGAGUAGAUCAUAUGGUGGAGUUUAUCGAGUCCAUUGCGCUUCCUAUUCUUGAUAAACUACUUGAAGAUCCAAAAAACGAGGGGUCAUUUGAUUACGCAUUCGUGGAUGCAGACAAGGUGGAUAACAUACAUUAUCAUGAAAGAUUACUCAAGUUAGUCAGGGUAGGAGGAUUGAUUCUGUAUGAUAAUACACUUUGGGCAGGAACAGUUGCUUUGGAAGAUGAUUCUUCCAUUGAUGAAUUUAUGAAGACCAUAAAAGAUGUCGUUGUCGACCUCAACAAGAGAUUAGCAUCUGAUUCUCGCAUCCAAAUUACUCAACUUCCUCUCGGUGAUGGUCUCACAGUAUGUAUGCGUCUUUGCUAAAACGUUCAUUAGCAUCUGAAUGUUGUUAAUUGGUAUUUUUUCUUUCAUUUUCGGAUUAUCCCUAGCUAUAACUAAUGUUCUUUC